UGUUUCUUACCCCUUAAGGAUUUCAGUUUUUCUGAUUGUUAAAUGAAAGGAUGAUUGCUCACAAACAGAAAAAGACAAAGAAAAAACGUGUUUGGGCAUCAGGCCAACUCUCUGCUGAUGUUACAUCUUCUGAAAUGGGGCUCAAGUCCUUAAGUUCCAACUCCAUUUUUGAUCCGGAUUACAUCAAGGAGUUGGUGAAUGAUAUCAGGAAGUUCUCCCAUAUGUUACUGUAUUUGAAAGAAGCUAUUUUUUCAGACUGUUUUAAAGAAGUCAUUCACAUACGUCUGGAUGAACUUCUUCGCGUCUUAAAGUCUAUAAUGAAUAAACAUCAGAACCUCAAUUCUGUUGAUCUUCAAAAUGCUGCAGAAAUGCUUACAGCCAAAGUGAAAGCUGUGAACUUCACAGAAGUUAAUGAAGAAAACAAAAACGAUAUCUUCCAAGAAGUUUUUUCUUCCAUUGAAACUUUGGCAUUUACCUUUGGCAAUAUCCUUACAAAUUUCCUUAUGGGAGAUGUAGGCAAUGAUUCAUUAUUGCGACUGCCUGUUUCUCGGGAAAGUAAGUCUUUUGAAAACAUUUCUGUGGAAUCAGUGGACUCACCCAAUGAAAAAGGAAAUUUUUCUCCUAUAGAACUAGACAGUGUGCUGUUAAAGAAUACUGACUCUAUAGAAUUGGCUUUGUCAUAUGCUAAAACAUGGUCAAAAUAUACCAAGAACAUAGUUUCGUGGGUUGAAAAAAAGCUUAAUUUAGAAUUGGAGUCCACCAGAAACGUUAUAAAGUUAGCAGAGGCAACUAGAACUAAUAUCGGCCUACAGGAGUUUAUGCCACUGCAGUCUCUAUUUACCAAUGCUCUUCUUAAUGAUAUAGAGAGCAGUCACCUGUUACAGCAAACAAUUGCAGCUCUCCAAGCCAACAAAUUUGUGCAGCCUCUACUUGGGAGGAAGAAUGAAAUGGAAAAACAAAGGAAAGAAAUAAAAGAACUUUGGAAACAAGAACAAAAUAAAAUGCUUGAAACAGAGAUUGCUCUUAAAAAGGCAAAAUUGUUAUGCAUGCAACGUCAAGAUGAAUAUGAAAAAGCGAAAUCUUCUAUGUUCCGUGCAGAAGAGGAGCAUCAGUGUUCUAGUGGUGGAUUAAGUAAAAACCUCAACAAGCAACUAGAAAAAAAGCGAAGGUUGGAAGAGGAGGCUCUUCAAAAAGUUGAAGAAGCAAAUGAACUCUACAAAGUUUGUGUGACAAAUGUUGAAGAAAGACGAAACGAUCUAGAAAAUACCAAAAGAGAAAUUUUAACGCAACUCCGAACACUUGUUUUCCAAUGUGAUCUUACCCUUAAAGCUGUAACAGUGAACCUCUUCCAGAUGCAGCACCUGCAGGCCGCCUCCCUGGCGAACAGCUUGCAGUCUCUCUGUGAUAGUGCCAAACUCUAUGACCCAGGCCAAGAGUACAGCGAAUUUGUCAAGGCCACAAGUUCAGUUGAAGAAGAAAAAGUUGAUGGGAAUCUAAAUAAACAAUUAACAAAUAGUUCCCAAACUUCUGGAUAUGGACCUACGGACUCCUUAGAGGACGUCGUACGCCCUCCUGACAGCUCUAAUAAAAUUGAAGAGGACAGAUGCUCUAACAGUACAGAGAUGACAGGUCCUUCUUUUAUAAGAUCAUGGACAUUUGGGAUGUUCAGUGACUCAGAGAGCACUGGUGGGAGCAGUGAAUCUAGAUCUCUGGAUUCAGAAUCUAUCAGUCCAGGAGACUUUCAUCGAAAACUUCCACGAACUCCAUCCAGUGGAACCAUGUCUUCUGCAGAUGAUCUAGAUGAAAGAGAACCGCCUUCCCCUUCAGAAGCUGGACCCAAUUCCCUUGGAGCUUUUAAAAAAACACUGAUGUCAAAGGCAGCUCUCACUCACAAGUUUCGCAAAUUGAGAUCUCCCACAAAAUGUCGGGAUUGUGAAAGCAUCGUUGUAUUCCAGGGUGUUGAAUGUGAAGAGUGUCUCCUUGUUUGUCACCGAAAGUGUCUGGAAAAUUUAGUCAUCAUUUGUGGUCAUCAGAAACUUCCAGGAAAAAUACACUUAUUUGGAGCAGAUUUCACACAAGUUGCAAAAAAGGAACCAGAUGGCAUCCCUUUUAUACUUAAAAUAUGUGCCUCAGAGAUUGAAAAUAGAGCUUUGUGUCUACAGGGAAUUUAUCGUGUGUGUGGAAACAAAGUAAAAACUGAAAAACUGUGUCAAGCUUUUGAAAAUGGAAUGCACUUGGUAGACAUUUCAGAAUUUAGUUCUCAUGACAUAUGUGAUGUCCUGAAAUUAUACCUUCGACAGCUCCCAGAACCAUUUGUUUUAUUCCGGUUGUACAAGGAAUUUAUUGACCUUGCAAAAGAGAUCCAACAUGUAAAUGAAGAACAUGAGACAAAAAAAGAUACCCCUGAGGACAAAAAAUGGCCAAAUACGUGUAUAGAAAUAAAUCGGAUACUCCUAAAAAGCAAAGACCUUUUACGACAACUGCCAGCAUCAAAUUUUAAUAGUCUUCAUUACCUCAUUAUACAUCUUAGGCGGGUGGUAGAUCAUGCAGAAGAAAACAAGAUGAACUCCAAGAACUUGGGGGUUAUAUUUGGACCAAGUCUCAUUAGGCCCAGGCCCACAACCGCUCCUGUCACCAUCUCCUCUCUUGCUGAAUACUCCAGUCAAGCACGGUUGGUAGAGUUCCUCAUUAGCUACUCACAGAAGAUCUUCGACGGGUCCCUCCAGCCGCAAGAUGUGGGUAGCACAGGUGUCACUGCACCUCACGUGGAUCCAAGCUGUCUUUUAAAGCCUCUGUUAUCAGAAGAAAGAGACCAAGAACAUUCUGUGAAGUCACUUUUUUUUUCUUCAAAGGAAGAUAUGCGUAGUGCAGACAGUGAAAGCAAAAUUCGUGAGCCAUCUGCAUCAUCCGAGGAAUCAGAAUGCAAGCAGAAUGCAUUGGAAAAAUGUGAUGUGUGUCUCACUGACAACAAAGUACGUUUGCUUCUAGACCAAGAACUUGAAUCAGCAUCCCAGAAAGUGGAAGAGGUGCAUAAAUGCCCUAAGCCGCUCGCUCUGAAGUGUGGCAGGGCGGCGUACAACGUGGAGAGGCAUACUCCAAGGACCAGGGUCAGACCUGUAAGUUUGCCUGUAGACAGACUACUACUUCUUGCAAGCCCUCCUGGUGAGAGAAAUGGCAGAAAUAUGGGAUACGUAAGUCCUGACAAGUUUUCUAAGAGUCCUGUUUUUGAAGGCGUUAAUAGAAAAGACACCCCUACUACUGUUUGUCCCAAAUAUAAUGGCUUUGACCAGCAAACUGUACACAAAACUCGAGACAGACAGUAUGAACAAGACAACGCAAGUGCCAAAACUGCCAUGAUUGCUCCCAGCACACUACAGGAAAAAGCAGUGCCAGCAAGCAUCCGGGGCCAUGGGGACCAUCCUGCCAGUGCUACCCAACCCAGUAAGCCAUGCACAGAGGCAGGAGGCAGGCCAGCGAAAGAGCUAGCAGAGAGACGGUCCUCCGACUCCUACUCUGCUGUCAGAGCACCCAGGACACUCCAGCCCCAGCACUGGACAACGUUUUAUAAACCCCGCCCUCCCGCCAGCAGUGUCAGGGGCGAUGAGGAGAAGCCAGCUUCGCCCUUGGCAGCAGCACCUCCUGACACAGCUCACGAUCCCCAGUCUCACGGGCUGAAAGCAGUUCCAGACUCAGGCAGCACCUCGGCUUGUCCUGGACAGCCGAUUUUUCCAUCUAAAGAGAACUCUAAGGAGCAUGGCCUGCCCGACGGAAAUCCGACUUGUCAGAGACCGAGGCUGAAACGAAUGCAGCAGUUUGAUGACCUAGAAGAUGAAAUCCCGCAAUUUGUAUAGGGUUGUCAAAGUUCAGGUUUUCUCUUUUUGUUCUAUGUGUGUGUGUGUGUGUGUGUGUGUGUGUGUGUGUGUGUGUGUGAUAUUAUUUGUUUUAUGAAAGAAUGUUUCGACGGGGCCCCUUUUGUACAGGACUGUAAAUUGUGGGUUUUACUUUUUAUCAUUAGACUGUAUUAUCUUCUCUUGGUCAUACUGAAUGGUAGAAUGUUUUUAUAGGGUCUCGUUUGUGCCUCACUGGAAUUAUCUUUAAAUUCUGUGUUUUUUAAUUUGUCCGUAAAACAGGUGGAUUCAUAUUUUUUCAGGUUCAGUUGAUUUUCUCCAUAAAAUCAUCCAUUUAAAAGCAUCCCUAAUAUAUAUGAUGUAGUUCUUAAGUAAUAGGUGCAGUUGGGGAAAAUUAGCUUUAUUUUUUGGAGUGAAAUUAAGUGCUUAUUUAUAAUAUGAAUGUUUCCUAAUGCAAGUGCCUAAAAGGCCUUUGUUUGAUAUGAGUAUGUUUUAUCACACAAUAUUAUCGUACAUUUUUGACCAUUUGUGCGUUUAUGGGAUGUAUGUAAGCUUCUUUAUUUCAAUUGGCAAUUCACUUCAUUUCUUAAUACUUACAUAAUGGCCAAAAGACUUGUAAACUUCUAUUUAAUUGUAUUUUAAUUGAUUGCCAGUUUUACAUGUUGUAGUCAGUUAAAAUCUACAAAGAAUAUGCACUUACGCCCGUUCGAAUUAUAUAGUUCAAGUAAAUCUUACUUGGCUUUAGAUGGUUUUAAUACAUUUGGUAGUUUUUUCACCCUCGGCUUUUUUCUACAUCAACUCUUGGUUU